CUUCGCCCCUCGUCCACCACUCCAUUCCAUCCGUCAUACCACUUGCCCUUUUGCCCUUAUACUAUACCUUCCCCCUCCUCUGCCCGACGUCACUAGGUCUGUGUUCUAUCGCUUGACCCUCUCUCUCAUUCCCUCACUCUUCUCCCUCUCUCCCCGACCGUGCGGUGUGGAUCUCGCACACCCUGGACUCUCUUGGUCAGAUUGAUUCUAACAUCGCAUCCUCAUCUCUAGACCUUUGAAUCUCACGCAACCGUCGUCAUGGGUCUCACUUUCUCCAAGUUGUUCGACCGGCUAUGGGGCCGCAAGGAGAUGCGUAUUCUGAUGGUCGGUCUCGAUGCCGCCGGUAAAACCACCAUCCUGUAUAAGCUCAAGCUGGGUGAAAUCGUCACCACCAUCCCCACGAUUGGUUUCAACGUCGAGACCGUCGAAUACAAGAACAUUCAGUUCACCGUCUGGGACGUCGGUGGUCAGGACAAGAUCCGUCCUCUCUGGAGACACUACUUCCAGAACACUCAGGGUAUCAUUUUCGUUGUCGACAGCAAUGACCGUGACCGUAUCGUCGAGGCCCGUGAGGAGUUGCAGCGCAUGUUGAACGAGGAUGAACUCCGUGAUGCCCUUCUCCUGGUGUUCGCCAACAAGCAAGAUUUGCCGAACGCCAUGAGCCCUGCCGAGAUCACUCAGCAGCUUGGUCUGCAGAGCCUCACCCGCCGCCCCUGGUACAUCCAAUCCACCUGCGCCACGACUGGUGACGGUCUGUACGAGGGUCUGGAGUGGCUUGCUGAGACGCUGCGGAAAACGAACCGCGACUAAACUGAUCAUCUAAUGAGUGGAAGAAUACCUGGAAGUUUGUGAACCU